AUGGAAUCCUACGAUCGGUCAUCGGAGGCUCCGACGGAAUCACUGAUGUUCACACCACAGGGUAACGGUACCGUAGCUAACGACACGUUGGAACAAUUCUCCCCGGUCUCUGCUCCAUUAGAAGUGUGGCUACCAACCGCCUUAGUUUAUGGCAUCACUUUUGUGGUGGGUCUCAUUGGUAACGUUCUCGUCAUUUUCUCCAUACAACGUUGUCGUCGAUUGCAGAACGUCACAAACACAUUUAUAGCGAGUCUUGCUGCGGCGGACUUGAUUAUCGUCGUAAUUGUUAUACCUGUUCAAAUGGCAACGUAUUUCCAGCCGAGAUGGGAACUCGGCGAACUCAUGUGUAAGUUGUUACCAUAUCUGACCCUGCUCUCAAGUUCAUGUUCGAUAUUCAUGUUGACAGCCAUGAGUGCCGAAAGGAUCAUCUAUGAACUCUGGAAAAGCACAAAGAAGGCACGCAAGAUGCAGAACCAAACGGCAAGAAAUGAAAAGCGCAUUCCUCUCAAUAAUCAGGAGCCGAAUGGCAAUGUCACCGUCACAGUCACCGAUCCUAUGAGUGGGUAUGAGCUGGUGGAACUAGAGCAAAAGAAGAAGAAAAAGAAAAAACGUAAAACUGACGCCACCGACGACAGGAAACAGGUCAUUAUAAUGUUGGUGGUUGUGGUGGCGCUGUUCAUGACAUGCUGGGGUCCAGUGAUCUGGUUAACAUUUGUCACCGAAUUCGGUAUCAUAGAACGGUUCAGCUUGACUAGAACCAUACUGGCCAUCUCGUUUAAUCUGCUCUCCUACCUGAACAGCUGCAUGAAUCCUAUAUGCUACGCGUUCGUCUCGCGUACCUUCAGAGAAUGUUUUUUCUGGGCUUGUCGGACAUGUUGCCGCCGGAAUAGAGGCCGGGACAUUCGCAGCAAUACAAGUGGGGUGUUUUACAGCAAAAGUUCAAGCACAGCCACUUAUGGGUACAGUCGCUACUCGCCAGAUAGGCAAAGCGAUACUGUUGGUUUGAAACUCAACGCCAACAAGGAGAUAAUAACUCCGACUGUCGGGAGACGUCAUCUUGGAGAGAGUGCUAUAUAA